AUUAAUUUCAUAGAUGGGUUGUCUACUUUGUAUCAGAAGCUCAAUAACUGGCUUUUCGUUUUUCCAAAUUUAAUCUCAAGAAACAGACAUUGAACUUCUACCAUACAUUUCUCUUGAUGGAGAUUGAUUCUUCUUCCGAGUUCAGUGCUGAAUCUGAAACAGUUUCUGUUUGUCUCAAAUGUGGCAACCAAGGCUUUGAAGAAACUUUGGUAUAUUGCUUCAAAUGUCAAGAUUAUGCACUGCAUAGAUAUUGUUUAGAUGGGCCUGUUGUUGUUACAAAUGAGGUUAUUUGGUUUUGUGAGGAUUGUGAUGGAGAGGUAAUCGAUGUAGAUUUUUCUGAUAAGGCAAUUGUAGAUUCAGAAAAUGCUGAAGUUAGUUUCAGCGAGGAUUGUGAUCGAGAUACUGCAGAUUUGGAGAAUGUUGAUAAUGAGGAUUGUGACGUAGAGGUAACAGAUGUAGAUAAUUCUGAUAACGAGAUUGCAGAUUCGGAAAAGACUGAAGUUGAUUCCGUCAAGGAUUGUUAUCAAGACACUGCAGAUUCGGAUAUAGUUGAUGUUGAUUCCGGAUAUGAAUGUGCGAAUGUGGCUGAUCCGCAUCCUAUUGCAGAUUCAGAAAACACUGAAGUUAAUUCCAGCGCGGAUUGUAAUCAAGACACUGCAGAUUCGGAGAGAGUUGAAGUUGAUUCCAGAUAUGAAUGCGCGAAUGUGGCUGAUUCGCAUCCGAUUGCUGAUCCAAUAUGGAGGGGAAGUUUGCAGCUUAUCAACAAAAGCUUUGAAUUAAUGGCCCAUUUCUCCAGUCUAGCAUGCCCUAAAGUUCAUGAAAUGACAAGACAUCUUCCUAAUGUGCUUUAUGCUGACUUGCUUCAAAGAUCAGCUGUAUGGCCAAUUCUUUUCAGGAAAUUGGGAGCAAGAAAUGAAAACAUUGGCCUUUAUUUCUUUCCUGAGAAUGAAAGGGUUGAGAGAUUUUUUGAUCAACUAGUUUAUGAAAUGAUUUCCAAUGAUCUUGCCAUAAGAGCUGAUAUUGAAGAAGCUGAGCUUUUAAUUUUUUCUUCUACGGUGCUUCCUAGCGAACAUAGGAGAAUUCAAUCAAAGUAUUAUCUGUGGGGAAUUUUUAGAAAAAAGCGAACACCAUCCUAAAUGCUAGACUAAUUUGAGGAUUAAUGAUACUUUUUGUUUCAAUGUAUAGUCCUGAUGUGUAUCUAACCAUAGUUGAGGAUUAAUGAUAAUUUGUGUUUCAAUGCAUAGUCCUAAUAUGUGUAUCUAACCAUAGUUUAUGGAAGCUUCCUAACUGAUGCACCUAUCACACUUUUGAUUUAAUUUUUGUUACAAGUUGGUUAUUUCUUUGACAAUCACUCAUA